AUGCUGUGCUUACUUUUAACAUCUCAGUUAGCAGUUCCACUCAUGAAUGUCUCUCCCACUGACUCCCUCCAGAUCCUGUGGACCUUCUCCAUCUUCCUGGAGUCUGUGGCCAUAAUGCCACAGCUCUUCAUGAUCACCAAGACGGGCGAGGCGGAGUCCAUCACCACCCACUACCUGUUCUUCCUGGGCCUCUACCGGGCCCUCUACAUCGCCAACUGGGUGUGGCGCUACCACACGGAGGGCUUCUUCGACCAGAUCGCCGUGGUGUCCGGCGUCGUGCAGACCAUCUUCUACUGCGACUUCUUCUACCUUUACGUCACUAGGGUGCUUCGAGGAAGAGGAAAGAUGAGCCUGCCGAUGCCAAUUUAAAAAAACAAAAAACAAACAAAAAGAC